AUGGGUGUGGGCACCAGCAACCCCCGAACGACAGGGGAGCGGGAAAGGGAGUGGAAGCAGUGGGAGUGGGAGUGGGGACGGCUCAAGCAGGUCGACGAGUCGUGGGCGGGUCUAUUUUUUUUCCUGCUGGUUGUGUGGCUUUCAAGGGUUGUGGGGGAAGAGAGCCGUGGCGUCCAUGCCGUCGCCAGUAGCGUGGGUGAAGCAGCAAGGUGGACCGUUUCUUUUCAAGCCCGCCAGAGCUACCACAAAGGGUUUAGAGCAGAUGAACGGUCAUGCAGGUCGAGCCAGGGGGCGGGACAGCAGCUAGGGUCUCUCCCUGCCGCAUCGGCGAUGGAGUCGCUUUUGGGAACGUCCGCUCUCUUCGCUCUUGGCUCUUCGCUCUUGGAGCAACAUGCAGGGAGCAGGGGCGCAGAUUGGUUCGACGGAUUCCCAGGACAGGGCCUGGAUGCAUGGCAGAUCAGACGGCGCGCGCACGAGGCUGCAAGGGAGGGCAGGAGAAAGAGAGGCAGGCCAUCGACGCAACCACGACGACAACCAGCGGAUAAAUGA